AACUAUGACUACGCUUAAAAGGAGACACGAUACACGUAGCUGGAAACUGUGUUGCCAGUAAAUUCGAAAAGAAUCUAACAAUCUCGCGAAAGGAACCAUUCGCCAUGAACGACAGAGACGAUAGCGCAUGGGUAUUCGAUUCCCUCAUAGGAUUUCUUCAAGGUCCUAUUUGGUCGACGCCUUUGAUCACUUUCGUUGAAGAGAAAUCAUUAAUAUUCGAGGCGGACGUCGAAGACAACGAGGAGUACCGAAAGACGUAUCAAGAGUACAAAAAUCUAGUGGAUUUAUUGCUUGGUUGUUUCAUGGAAGACAUGGGCAUCACUCCGGAGCAAUUCGAGUACGCUUGUACCGUGAACAAGUACACAAAAAUGCCUGUGCAGUUCCAACAGAAUUUGUUCGAGCAGAUAUGGGCAGCGAACGAGUACGAGAUCUUCAAGAGGAUGAUGAUACAGAAAAAUUUGGAACUGCAGUUGCAAGCUUUGAAUAUGAUUGAACAAAAGUAUGGCCUCACACCUGCAUCCUUGGUAUAUGAAAGAGAUGGAUCAAGCGAUGAUCCUUUGGUAAUGGAAGAGAUCAUUCAGAAACAUGUAUUAGAGAAUGAUUCAGAGGAAGAACAUGACAUAACAUCAGAAGCAUCCCUUAUCAAGGAACACGAACGUCUGGCUGCUAAAUAUAAUAAUGAGAGAGCACUAUUAGAAGAAGCUUUGAAAGCUUCACAAGCAGAAAGUACUCCUGAAUUGGAGGCAUAUCCAAAAGAAAAAGAAGAAGAAGAAUUACAAGGCGAGGAAGAAGAAAAGUCAGAUGAGAAAGCUACUUCUCCAGAUUCGUCACCCAUAGAGGAAACCAAAUCAGAAGAGCAAAAUGUAUCAGAAGAGGAUAUUAAGAAGAGACAAGCAUAUCUGAAAGCCAGACGGGACAAAUUAGUGGCUCUGAAAAAAGAGGCGAGAAGCCAGCGAUUAGAAAUGAAUUCGACCCGACCAAGUUCCGCGAGAACAGUGGCACAAGCGACGAUAAAAGGGGAGCAAGAACUAAAAUUACCGGAACCCCUGGAGCCGUCCAUACUGCAAGUGCGCAAAGCACUCGCGGCUCGUCUUCAAGCCGAAGUCGUGCGUAAGCAAACAAACUAAUAAUAACACUGGUUUCAAGAAUAUGUAGAUCAAGACGAUGUGGUGUUUCGAGAAAAGAGUGGAGAGAGAGAACAAUGUUUUAGAAGAAUGGAUACAGUAAUUGCAUAAACUUCUUGUAGCACUCAGAGUCAAAAUGGAGUAUGAAAACAUUAGAUAUUUUAUUGAACAAGAAUUCAAUUUAAGUAGCGGAGCAACGAGUUUAAAUGCGUGUGAAAUAAAAUUACUUCUUUUUCUUCAGCAUUCUUCAUCCACGAAUGCUACUGAAAUUAUUGAAUUUCAGAAUGUAAAAUAAGAAAGGAAGAAUUUUUAUAAUAAAGAUUUGUGUAAGUUUCAGAAGAAUACAAAUUGUAUGAAUAAAAGAAGAAAAAGAAUGGUUCUUGUCUUCUGAGCGUGUCUAUGGAUCUUUCUUUUUUUUUUUUAAUGAUGCAAAGAGAAGAAAGGAGCGUAAAUCAAUUAUAAAAUUAAUCGUGUGAUGAAAUGAAGCAUGGAUACGUUGGAAAAUCUGUUUUACAUAUAAUUGUCUAAUAGCAUAAAUCGUAUAAAUCACAAUUAGACAGUAGAACCAAGACCGAUGACGAUUACAUCCAUACAAAGAAAUGUCCUUUUUCUCGUUUCGCGAUUAAACACUGAGGUAAGUUAUGACUCCGUUCCAUUAACCAAUUCUUCUAAUUUUAGGGUUUUAUUUAAUUAAAUAUUCUCCGCACUUCUACAGCACACUUCUAUUCCGUUGUAACACACAUUUAAUCAUUCUUCCAUCUUUUUUUUUUUUUUAGCUGUCCGAUUAUAAAGGUCAAUUACGAAUUCGUGACGGAAUACGAGCGGAAUUGGAUGAUUUUUUUUUGAAAUUAUUGCAUGUGAUAUCGAGUGAACGGCAGGAAAUGUGUUAAUUACUAAUGUGAAAUACCAUCUUGAAAGUAACAUAUAUAUUUUCGACAUCUAGGAAUUAAUGGAUUAAACAAAUUUGAGGUGAAAGAAGAAAGAAAUUUUUCUAGCUCGUCUUCCACCAUGAAUCCUACAUUUAAAUUCAUUUUGCUGCUCAUCUGAUCGACCGUUCAUACUUCGCUAGAAUAAAAUGCAAAAUAUUCGUUUUCCGCAUGUUCUUCAUUCAACUAUUAUCAUACUACACACAAAACAAAGUUCUUUUACUUUUUUUUUUACCUUUUAUGCUUGCUCUUAGUUCAAAUUGUAUUUCUUCAUUUUUGUUACGAAUAGCUUCUCAUAUAAAAAGGUGUCUUUUUCUGCGCGUAUAAACAUAUAUGCACAGUUUUAUGUACAUGUACGUAUAUACACCAGAGAAAAAUCGUUUCGAUCUGUCAUUAUAUAUAUAUAUAUGUAUGUAUAUAAUAUAUAUAUAUAAUUAAAACGCAUUAUAUUAUUAACACGUGGUAUUGUACAAUGUGUGCAAAUGUUUUUUUCUUAUAUCAUGUAAUUUUAAUAUUACAUCAAUGUGUGACGGCUGCGAAAAUUUCUCUGUCUCUGCUAUCCUCGGUACCGAUCCCUGCACAGAUUCUUUAAAAGUUUCCCCAUCCGAAACGAAAAAAAAAGAAAAGAAAAAGAGAAAAAAGAAAAACACCGAAAAAGUAUGAUUUAUUUCAUGAUUAUCGAUCAGGACUUCGUUAUCGACACGUACGGUAUUAUUGAACGCACCUUCGAACCACAGAUCGCUCUAAGAAUAAUCAUCCUUACAUUUCUCUUCGUUUAUUUAAUGUAAUAUAAAAUAUCGACUUUGUUCUACUCGAACGAAUGGAAUCUGUGAAAUCUUGAACCGAUUCCCGUUAAAUUAGAGUGCGAAAUAAGCGAUCAAACGGUGCACCCCAACAAGAAGCAAAAGGAACAAAUUAGUUUUAUUCUUUUCUGUGCUCGCUCCAAUUCGAAUGAGACCGCGAAUACAGUGGCGAGCAUUAGAAUAAUGCAAUGUGUAGAAGAAGUGUAAGGGAAGAUGUGAUUCCCACCUAUUCGUUUGCUGACAGAAGGGAUUAAUCUUUUAUGCUUAAAUUAUAUUGGUAAAACAAAUGAUUGAGUAGUUGGCAUUGGUAGGAAAAUUUGCUUCACUAUUCUCGUGUAAAUUCUACCACUUAUUCUUAUCAAUGUUAUCUAGAUCUUAUCACAAAUUAGUCAAACGAGCGGUUAGGACAUACCUUCUCCUCCAGUUAAGUUUCUUUCACGAGAGAAACAUAUUUACAUUGUUUUCUCAAUUUAAUUCUCGUUGCUGAAGCAAUUAAUUUGUAGCAAAAUGAAAAAGCAAUCAAUUAUAAUUUAUCGCUUGCAAUUCAGAUAUAUUUAUAUCAUUAACACUCGCCAAUGUAAUCGUAGCUUAACGUAUGGUCGUACGAGAAACGAAAACCUUAUAGCUUGCGGUCGACUUGAUAUGACGCAAACAGAAUAAAGAAAUUACGAUAAAUAUACGUGAUCCAAGAGACAUUAACGGUGAUACAAUGACGUUACAUUAAAUAAGGGAACAGCAAUGAAAGCUUAAGCGCGUUAAUGAACGUAUCUUCAUACAAGUAUAUUAUACGAAAUUUAGCUUAAAUAGCGUUUAAAAUGGUGCAUUAUUUUCUUUUUAAUCUAGUAUCACUUAGAUAUCGAUUCGUUUCUUAUUAUUCCGUUUACUUACAAGUCUCUUACAUACCCGACGCAAGCUUCAUUUAAUUUCAUCGCUUUAUUCCUUUUCAUCGAAUAAAUCAUGAAUAUAUUAUAUAAAACACAUAAAGAACAACAUUAUUCAAUAUCCUCUUAAACAACUAAUAAUUAGCCUUUGUUACAUUUCCAUUCUAUUUCACUACUUUCCUCUCUCUCUCUUCCUUUCUCUCCACGUUUCUCUCACUCUUUUCCUCUAAUCAGUUCAAGUUACACUUUGUUGUUUUUUUUUUUCAUCUUCUCUUAUAUACAUAUAUAAUCGCUCAGCUCCAGCGAAUUUGCCUACUUUGAUAUUCACAGAUAUUCGCUCGUGUUCUUGACUAAAUUUCACUUCUAAAGAUUUCCAUUUGUCGAUAUUAUAAGUUAAUAUAUAUGCAUAUGUGUACAUAGACGGUGUAUAUGAUAUUUUCGAAAUGUCCAAUAUACAUACAGGUCUAAAGCAGUCUUAGAAACUCUGUUCCGGAUGUGAGGGUGUCGUGAAAAAUGUAUACAUCGGCUUGUAAUAUGUAUUCCUUCUGUUCGAGUUGACUCAGUCACCUGUUAGGAUACGUGUUAAAGUAACAUUGAAUGUAAGAAAUGUUCCAAGUAAACGAAUUAAAUGUAAAUGUAAAAAAAAAAAAAAAAUAAAAAAUAAAAA